AUGGCGAAUCGGCCGAAUAAUAUUAAUGUCAAGCAUGCUUAUUUGCUUCACAAAUCUUCAUUGAGCAAUCCGAAAGUUAGAAGACUCGAGCGCGAGGCGGGAAAAUGGAUGUCACAGUUUAAAUCUGAAGCUGGAAAGACUGGCGAUAUCUACUGCCGGCCAAAUACUGCUACUCGUUACGGAACUUCUCAUACAGCAAAACGGCCCUUUGCAAGAUCUAAUGGUUUAGUCGAGGGAAGUUAUGCCGCAGAAAAGAGUUUGCCCAUUGGAAAUCCUUGCGAUGCGGAGUUGAGUAAUCUCAUGCGGUGCAUGCGAGAUAAUGACUACGACAAUACGCCUUGUUUAGAUGUCCAAAAGGCGUAUUUAACAUGCUGUCAAACCGCUUUGAGCGAUUAUAACGCGAAGAAAGAGCGAUUUUUAAAUGGCGAGCGAACGGAUGGCCUUUAUUCUCAAAAAGUAAUCAACGAAAUGUUCGAAGAUGUAAAUCAGAAGCUAGACAUGAACCAGUGGCGAUUCAUUUGUAAUUCUAUGUCAGGCUUCGAUGCUCGCACUCGUGGUCGACAGCCAAACAACUCUCCCAAAGAAAAGCUUCACUGGCACGUUUGUGAAGUCCCUUCGGACUUGGCCUUUCCACACGGACCUUCUAUCGCCGGAACAACUAAGAAAGACAAAUUAUAA